AUGGAUGGACCAACCCCAGAGCCUGUGUACGUUGAUGUGGACAAGGGACUGACGCUGGCAUGUUUUGUCUUCCUCUGCCUCUUCCUGAUUGUAAUGAUUAUUCGCUGUGCAAAAGUCAUCAUGGACCCUUACAGUGCCAUUCCUACAUCUACAUGGGAGGAGCAGCAUCUAGAUGACUGAAAGGACUUCACUAGACAGAGCCAUGAAAUGCUGCAAUCCGGGAGGCCUUAUCCCACCGGGAGGGCUAAC